GUACACAAGUCAUUCUUUUUUUGUGAAGGUCGGACGUCGGAUGACGUUAAAUGGUUAGCGGAAAUACCUUUUCUAUGAUCCACGAAUACAUAUAUUGACUUCUCUGGAUACUCCUGAGAGAAUAAACAACUCGUAAAAGAACGAGACAAAGGACUGAUCCCAAGAAGGCCGUUGAUCUUUCCCUUGGGUAGUUCUUUGACUGAGAACCUGCUUUGAAUCCAAGAUGGCGGUUGAAAUAGCUCAGCUCUUCAGUCACCGAAGGCUAGGGGAUAGUAAGACGGCAGUUCUCCUGGCCUUGUAUUUCCCUAUAGGUCUUAUCCUAGCAGUGCUAAGACUCUUCAUUGGUCUACAUGUUUUCAUCAUUGCUUGUAUUCUUCCCGUUCAAGUGCCCUUCAGAAGAGUUCUGCUAAGGACGUUGUACACUGUUCUAGGAUUCAUCGUUUACCCUUCAAAUCUACAGCAUAGAAAUCAGAAUGUGAAGGUGAUAGUAGCCAAUCACGUCUCAGUACUGGAUCAUGUGAUCAUCGGACUCAUAUUUCCUUCAGUUGUUCCCAAUGUGUGGAGCCUGCCCCCAUUUCUCAACUGGGCGUUGGGAUACACCAACAUGGGAGCCUCUCAAGGGAGACAGGUCUUCUUAGAUGCAGUCAGGAAACAUUGUCAACACAACACCAGACCGGUGUUAGCCUUCCCUGAGGGUGCUAUGACUAAUGGCAAGGCCGGUCUCCUCAAAUUUAGUACAUGGGCCUUUGCUUUAGAGCGUGAUGUUCAGCCAAUCACAGUGACAAUCAGUAGACCACUCAUUAACAUGAAAGCAGAAGUACUGGGUAGUAGUCUAUGGCAAGAUCUACUAUGGUUUCUAUUUGUACCAUUCACGGUCUAUAGAGUCAAGGUAUUACCUGUAGAGAAGAGGAGUGACUUUGAGAAUGCAGAUGAGUUCUCCCGAGGAGUGCAGCAGAUAAUGGCUAAUGAAAUGCGUCUUACACCAACUCCAUUCACCAGUGCAGACAAGGCAGAAUACGUCAAGAAACUGGGUGUCCAACCACCAAGAGAGAGGAGCACUCAACGUCCACAGGUCAGACAAACAACCAAUGCACCAUCUAGAUCAUCGGGGGAAUCCCCUAGGUCAUCAGGGGAGUCCCCUCUAGACAGGAUGAUCAAACAGGUCCAAGAAGUCAUGCCUAAUAUACCUCGGCACAUCAUCAAACAUGAUCUAGAGACCACCAACUCAGUUGAUGCAACAAUCUUUAAUAUCUUAGAGAAUGAAACAGCCAUCCCUAUACCAGCAGAAGAGGUACCUGGUACAUCAACGGGGCCUGCUACACCCCUCUCCACACCUCAGAGUUUACCCCAUAAUACAUUUUGUGUGACAUCACAAGGCAACGACUCAUCAUCUUCUACUCUUUUAACUCCAUCACCGGCAUCUACCAAGUUUGCAGCAGAUAAGUUUGGAUCAUCAUCGAAGGAAAGACAGAUGUCAUUACAGGAUCGUAAAGCUGCUCUACUUGCCAACGCUAGAAAGCGAUUCACUGAAAAAUCUCAAGUGGAAAACUGAUGCACAUUACGCUUCACUGUAAACAAGUAACGAAGGAGACAAUCCAUACAUGUAUACUGGUAUAAUGCACCACCAAAACAAUUUAAAAUACCUUCUUCUCAAAGUGAGGGGAGCCUCGUAGCAUCCAUUCUGCCAGGGCUCUCUGUCAGUGCUGUUGAUUCGAUGUAAUGUGAAAGAGCAGGAAACAUUGGUAGGAUGACACAUGAAGAUUGAAAAGUGCGUAGUUGAGGAUGGGGUUCAAAGGCAACAGCUUAUUAUCACGCCUCUACCACUGUGAUGUUACACGCAUUAUUCUUAUUUUUAUUGGUAAAAGGAACGUUGGAAAGAAAGUAAAAUGAUGACUGUGGGGAGAUUUCAUGUUGAGGUGUUGUGGACUGGUA